AUGAACACACCAAAUUGGAAAACUGUGAUAAGCACGACUGGAUCAACAUUGCUACAAGGAAUUUCAAAGGUAUUAUUACCCUUUAAAAAGAUAAAUAAAGAUCUGUCACAAAGUGAUUCAAUUAAUGAAGUUUUGUUUUAUGGAGCGGAAGACGACGAAAAGAAACAUCAGGUGGGGCUGAACAAUCUGUUUUGCAUAUACUAUGUGAUAGUUCACGCUAGCCGUUCAGUAGAUGUGUGCUUGCCGAGUUUAAUUAGUAAUACUAUCUCCAAGUGUCUUAUCACCGUUCGACAGAAUAAUAGCGCGAAUAUAAGAGUGGCGAUACAUAACAGUGACGACCGAGAAAAUUUACAAAUACUUGCGAAACAUGGAAUUAGUGUCAAGAUUAUUAAUUCGACGGUGAAGUUAGAACAUGAAUUCAUUUUAGUAGACGCUUAUGAUGAAUGUCAAGAUGCGGUAGCCGUUUUUGGGUCUUUAGAUUAUGAGAUGUCCCGAGUAAACUGCAAUAGAGAUACCACGCUCUUAACGUCUGAACGCAUUGUAGUUUUGGCUUUAAAAAAGGAAUUUGAUAGAGUCUGGAGUACUAACGGGGACGUUAUGGAAUGCGAGAGUGACGACGAAAAAAUCCAAUAA